UCAACGCCAAUUAUGUUUUAUAAUAUGCUUUGUUUUGUUUAUAUGAAACAUAAAUUGCAUACCUACAUAAUUUUGCGUCAUUCGUUAUGAAAAAUCUGAAAAAUGAAUGCUAAUCAACGAGGAAUCUUCAAUAAUAAUUCAGCACCGAACGCUUCACUUCCAGCUUCUGAAGAAGGAGAACGAGACGAACAAGUCUGGACCGAUGAUCAAUCUAACGUGUCUUCUGAAUGCAGCCACAGCAGCUGUGACUCGAGGACGUACGAAUGGAGCCCUUUCAUUGCGGAUAAUUUUCUGUUUUAUAUGAAAUUUGACCUGGUUUACCACGCCAAGCCGAUCGUGUUUGAUGAUGAUUUGUUUUUUCGGAAUGAGUACAAACGGCUCUCUAUUCGGAAGAAAGAGAACAUCCUUUCGAAAUUUGGUCAGCGGGAAAAGAACAAACACAAACUGUUCAAGGUAAAUGUAAUAGAUUCGACUAAAAAGGAGCAUCUCAAUGGAAUCAAUAAGGAAGUCGUCAUAAGCAUUGCUCCCAAGAAGAACGUUACACUGAAGGAGAUACUUCCACUGACUGAAAAUAUAUUGGGAAUUACAACAACAUUGUUUCCUGAUGGUAGAAAGCUAAUGGUUGAUAAAAUUAAAGACUAUUCUGUAUUUUAUAAGGGUAAAUUAGUUAAAUCGAAGGAUUGGAUCAAAUCUAUAGACGCAGAACCGGUAACAGUGGAUAACUUCGAGUCACUGCUGGAGGGUUGUACAAAAAUUCCCACGAUUAUAAAGGUAACAUUUUUUGAAAUGAUCGAACACGACAUCUCGAAUGCUAUAGAAAUUAAGAUAACCAAUUUAAUGGAUCUUAUUCAGAGUCAGGAAACAUUGUUCAAUAAGGACGACAUUCAAACGAUGAGCAGUAAUGAUCUUGUUUUCAGUAUGAUUUACAUAUCCAAGGAAUAUACACAAAAUGAUGAGUUGGAUAUAAAAUUUUGCUAUCCGACAAAAGAAAACAAUUUGCUUUUUAAUUCAAAAGGUAGCUUUGUAACGUUGCAAUCUAUAUUUAGCUCUUCCUUCAAAACUAAGGCUAUAUUGACAAAUUUAAAAAUAAGAAACAAUCUUUAUUACAAUACGUACAAUUUUUUCGAGGAUGGUAUUUUACUGUUAGGAUUCAACUCAAAGUAUUCCUCACUGUUUUCAGUGAAGCAGAAAAGCGAACAAAUAUGUCGACUUCUUAGGAGUCUUUAUUUUCAUUGUUCUUCGGCUUUCAACAAGCCAAUUGAACAGCAAACUGAACUGAUGCAGCUGUGUGAACUGAUUCGUCAUUCCAUCAAGACUAACAGAAGUAUGGAUAAAUUUGAAAAGACUUUCCAUGAACCACAUUUUGUGCCCUUACCAAAAGAAAUUCAACUGCGAAUAGAUGAUGCCCUAGGAGAACUGGAAGCAAUGGACUAUCGCAACUGGAAUGACGAAUUGGUGGAUUUGUUUUGUGAUUUAACUAUAAUAGGCUGUUGUUUGUACUACAAUCAGUAUUUGGUUUGUUCCCAUUUGAGCGGUGCGUUUCUGGUGGAAGUUGAGGCGAUUUUGAAAAAUCUUGGAAUUUUUGAGGUGAUCUCAAGUACCAAUAUAAAGAAUCUUGCCAUUUGGAGGAAAGUUUACCCCGAGGAAUAUUGUGAACUAAAUUUUCACGAGAAAAACGACGCCUAUCUGAUGUUGGUCUCAAUAGGCCAUCUAUUGAUGGUAGUAAUUUUAGAGGCUCCAAUUAAUACAAAUCACAACAAAAGCCUUUCACGCUAUAUUGAAGAAAUACAGGACAUGCUAGAUUAUUUCCAUUCUACAGGAAUCGAAAAUCUUGUAAGAAUAUGGAUUGAUUCAAACCGACGACCUCAGUGCAUUUCGACUUUGGUAAGUAAGCAAGACUCCACACAGGAAGAGCAGCGCCCUACGACUAAAAACCAUGAUGAGGAAUCAAAUGCGUCCAGUUCAAUAAAAAAUCAUGCACUCAAAGACGAUAGUACAAACGAGCAUGACGAUGAUGAUGAUUCAGAUUGGGGUCAAAGUCUGGAUAGCAGCCAGAGAAGUAGUACUUUCGAUAUUAACGAGUUAUCUGAAAAUCGAUGCAAGGAAUUCUCCGAACUUAUUCCUAGUACGUUGACGUUUGGCAGUGAAAAUCUGUUAUACUAUUUCGUGCAACUUGAAAUGGGUGAUGGUAUUUUUUUGGCUCCCGUUUUGAGUCUACCAACUGCCAAGCAUGAUUUGAUAUUGAACACUUUUCGCAAAACAUGCACCAUCAUUCACAAUACGUUGCAGAACACAAAAAAAUUCCGGGACAUACUGGCGAAUGAAUCCAAUAAAAUUGCCAACACACACCGCUCAUUAGUGGCAAUCAAGGAACAGGGAAUGUUGAUGUCCGUUCCGAAAGAUGGAUCCACAAACGAGAGGAUAGAGUUUUGGGUACUUGGUCGGUUAUUCAACUCCCCUCCCAGAGAAUUGUACGUAUGUCAUCGGGCAGAUGCUCCACAAAAUAUGAUAGAACUAGCGUUUCGUAUCUGUCUUACAUGUGCCGGUUAAAAUACAUUAUAGCAAACUAUUAAAUACUAACUGCUUUAUUUGAACCGUCAACCACACAAUCAAAAGUU